AUGCUUUCUUUAGCAAGCUCCGCGUUGAAAAGCGACGAGAGAGAAGGACUUAACAAAUCAUGUCUUCCUCCUCAACCUCCGGCGACCUCUCCUCUUUCUCCUAUGCCUCCUCCAUUCCCGAUCCUCCCUUCACGCUUCUCUUUCUCUUUGCAUGCCUCACAAACCAGACGCGCGGUCCAGGCAUUAUUGAGGCAUUGACCUUGAUUAUUCGUUGCGCCCAGCCUGACCGCGGCAAGAGAUGGACAGGAUCCCCGUCGCGCCGCUCAAGUCCAGCAGCUUCUCGACGGCCACCUCCCGCGAAGAGAAGCUCGCCCGCAACUUCUCCCUCGGCCCUAUUAAGCUCACCGAACAUAUCAAGGAGGCGCAGAAGGAGAAUGCCGGCGGGCCCGACGCCGUGCCGGAGGAGGCCGCGGAGCCGGACCUCGCCGCCCUGUCGGCGGAGAUCGACGCGUUCCUUGCGGCUCCCAGGGACGGUGACGCACCGCCCGCCGUCUCAGAGGUGACGCUGGACAAGUUCGCAAGCGCCGUCGAGCAGGAGAUUGCGCAGUCGGAGGGCACGGACGACAAGUGGGCGCCGAACGAGGCCGGGGAUGCGCCGCCGCUCCUCGCCGCGAUCAGGCGGCUAGCCGCGCUCGCGUCCACGCUCACAGCGGACAACGCGCCGGGCGGCGCCACCACGUACACCAUCGGGGUGCACCGCAUCACGGGCGUGCUGCACCGUGCCAUGACGUUCGUGGAGGAUGAGUUCCAUGGGACACUCGAGGACCCCCGUGUCGCCAAAGUGGCGCCCCAGGCCACCGACACGGGCAGCGCCACAGGCAAGUCCUUGAAGCGGCCGCCGUCAUUCGGGCACGGCGCCGAGCUCGACCGCUGCGUCGUCCCGACCCUCAUCGCCGACGCCUCGCCGCCGUUCCCUCCCGAGACCGUGGGCCGGCUCCGCGCCAUGGUGGAGGCCAUGUUCGCCGCGGGGUACGAGACGGAGUGCACGCAGGUGUUCUUGAUAGCGCGCCGGAACGCGCUGGAUGCGUCGCUGCAGAGCCUCGGGUACGAGAAGGCGAGCAUCGACGACGUGGUGAAGAUGCCCUGGGAGGCGCUGGAGUCGGAGAUCGCCACGUGGAUAAAGGCGUUCCAGCACACCGUCGAGGUGGACCUCCCCGGCGAGCGCGACCUGUGCGCCCGCGUCUUCGCCGGCGGGCAAAGGUGCCUAGGGCGCGACAUCUUCGCGGACCUCGCGCACUGCGCCAUACUGCACAUGCUCACCUUCACGGAGGCCGUGGUGCUGACGAAGCGCGCCGCGGAGAAGCUCUUCAAGGUGCUGGACAUGUACGAGGCCAUCCGCGACGCCGUGCCCCGGGUGGACGCGUUCCUCGUCCCGGACGAUGACGGCGGCGAGCGUGGCCCUUCCCCAGCUGACGAAGACGGCGGUAGCAGCGCGUCCAGCGCCCUGGUUGACCUCAAGCACGAGCUGUCCUCCGUGCGCACCCGCCUGGGUGAGUCGGCGGCGGCCAUCUUCUGCGACCUGGAGGGUUCCAUCCGCGCGGACGCCGGGAAGCAGCCGGUGCCCGGCGGCGCGGUGCACCCGCUGACCCGGUACCUGAUGAACUACCUCAAGUACGCGUGCGAGUACAAGAAGACACUGGAGCAGGUGUUCCAGGAGUACCGGCGCACCGACGACGACGCGGAGCACGAAGUCGGCGGGGACCCGUUUGCGGCACAGCUGAUGGAGGUGAUGGAGCUGCUGCACGGCAACCUGGAGGCCAAGUCGCGGCUGUACAAGGACCCGUCGUUGAGCAGCAUCUUCCUUAUGAACAACGGGCGGUACAUGCUGCAGAAGAUUCGUGGCUCGCCGGAGAUUAACGCCGUGGUAGGCGAGGCGUGGUCGCGAAAGCGGUCGACGGACCUGCGGCAGUACCACAAGAACUACCAGCGGGAGACGUGGAGCCGCGUGCUCAACCUGCUGCGUGACGAUGGCGUGAUCACCGUGAAGAGCCACGUGCAGAAGCAGGUGCUCAAGGACCGGUUCAAGCAAUUCAAUGCCGCCAUAGACGAGAUCCAGCGGACGCAGGGGAGCUGGGUGGUGAGCGACGAGCAGCUGCAGUCGGAGCUCCGCGUAUCCAUCGCCGCCGUCAUCGUGCCGGCGUACCGGUCCUUCCUGGGAAGGUUCUCGCAGCACUUCACUGCGGGGAGGCAGGCGGAGAAAUACGUCAAGCUCAGUGGCGAGGACCUGGAGGCCAUCAUCGAGGAGCUCUUUGACGGCAACGCCGUGUCCAUGCCGAGGAGAAGGACGUAAUUAACAAGGAACCGCCGCCCCGUGCUACUAAUUUGGUUUUUAAAGCCAUUGUCACAGUAUCUUUUUUUCUUCUGUUUUUCUUAAUUCUGAUUGUUCUUGAGAGUUGAUCUUCUGCAUAGCUCUUGCUCAAUCACGUCAGAUAGUUGUGUAAUCGUCGAUUAAUCAAUACAUAUACAUGUUCAUAUA